CGUGUCAGUGAGAUUGUACGCGUUGCACGGUAGUUGCCAACACUAUUCAGACACACUCACUUGCAGUUGUUCUACUUUGUAAUUUCGAGAGGUAAAUUACUAAAGUUAUCAGUCACCACUGUGUUAUCCUGAAUUGAAGCACAUAAAUUACAAAUAUGCCCCCUUCUCCAAGCUCUACAUCUGUAGGAUCUGGUGGUCGCUCGCCAAGCAAAGCCACAACUGCACCACGAUCAUCCAGUGGUGGCACUGUUCGUCAGCGCAAAUCCACAACUACUACUACUGCUGCUAGAAAUCGCAGCACAGCUGGGGCUGGAUCUGGUGGCAUGUGGCGAUUCUACACUGACGAUUCUCCUGGUGUUAAAGUAGGUCCAGUUCCAGUGCUAGUGAUGUCUUUGCUCUUUAUUGCAUCAGUGUUUAUGCUUCACAUUUGGGGUAAAUACACAAGGGCAUAAUUUUCCAAUUAAUUCAUAAAAUGUCUGUUCUGAGUAAGUGUGAAAGUAAUGGAGUGCAAUGAGUAUGGAGUUGGGUGUUAAGAUAUGAUUUUUAUUAAAUUAUGUAAUUUAAUUCUAUUACACAUUAAACAUAAGUUGUAUACAUUA